CGAAAUUCCUCACGUCAAUUGGUUGGCAUGCAGUGUAGUUUUUUUUGAAAGAUCAUCUAGAACUAGAAGGCAAGUUUUAUCACAGAUGAUUUAAUUCGAGUUGAAGAAAAAGGAGAGCAAAAGAAGUACAUGGGUGUUUGUAAGCUUCCUGGAGACGAUAAGAAGCAUCGUCGUAUUGACAUCAUAGUAUCACCGUAUAGUGAAUACCCUUGUGCCCUUGUUCAUUUCACUGGAUCUGGCCACUUCAACCGAUCCAUGAGGGCGCUAGCCAAGAAAAAGGGAAUGUCUUUAUCUGAGCAUGCAUUACGGACAGGGGUCGUCCGGAGAGGUCAAGAGAAGAUUCAUGAAGGCACUCCUCUACCAGUACACAGUGAGAAAGAUAUCUUUGAUCAUCUUGGUUUAGACUAUAGGGAACCUCAGGAGAGGGAUUAUUAAAACAUAGUUUGACCUUUCUAGACAGGGGUUAUCCAAAGGUCAAGAGGUCAAGAGAAGAUUCACGAAGGUACUCCUCUACCAAUCCACAAUGAGAAAGAUAUCUUUGAUCAUCUUGGUCUAGACUAUAGGGAACCUCAGGAGAGAAAUUAUUAAAACAUAGCUUGACCUUUCUAGACAGGGGUUAUCCAGAGGUCAAGAGGUCAAGUGAAGAUUCACAAAGGCACUCCUGUACCAGUCCAUAGUGAGAAAGAUAUCUUUGACCAUCUUGGUUUAAACUCCAGGGAUCCUCAAAGAGAUUACUAGAACAUUGAUUGACCUUUCUAGAUAAAGGUCAUCCAUAGAGGUCAAGAAGUCGAUGGAAAAUUCAUGAACGUGCUAUUCUCUAUUUGAUUGUGUGAAAGAUACUUUGAUCAUCUUGGCUAAGACUAGAGGAAACCUCAUGAAAGAUUACAAGAACAUUGAUUGACCCAUCUAGAUAAAGGUCAUCCAUAGAGGUCAAGGGGUCAGUAGGAAAUUAUGAGAGCACCUCUCUCCAGUUGAUUGUUUGAAAGAUAUCUUUGACCAUCUUGGUUAAGACUAGAGGGAACCUCAUGAAAGAGGUAACUAGAACAUUGAUUGACCUUUCUAGAUAAAGGUCAUCCAUUGAGGUCAAGAGGUCAAUAGGAAAUUAUGAGAGCACCUCUCUCCAAUUGAUUGUUUGGUUUAGACUACAGGGAUCCUCAUGAAAGAGAGUACUAGAACAAAGAUCUGAUCUGCAGAGGUCAAAGGUCAAGAGAAAGUUCAAGAAAGAAUUCCUCUCCGAGUACAGUGAGAAAGGCCUCUAUGAUCAUGAUAAAACAUUAUUGUUUGUGUGGUGACACUCUUUUAUUAAUGAAAUUUGAUAAUUUACUAUUUAAUGGCUCUUGAGAUUGACACAGAUGAAAUCAAUGUUUUAAAGUAAUUUCUUGUUCACUUCAGCUGUAUCGAUGACAGUUUUAAAAACAAACUCAAUUUUCAUUUUGUAUAUUUUUGUAGUGAAACAUUAAAUUGAAUUCAUAUUUAAUUGCAGUACUAAAUGAACAAAUUCGUAAUGACAAAAGUAUAGUGUGAAUUUUCAUCCUAAUAUCAAUGAAUUCAUGCAAAUAAAAUGAUGCUUAGAAAUAUGACGUGCAAUAUGUUAACAAGUAAAAUCACUUCAAACCCUGUAAAAAGAAAGUAACAUUCUUAACUUGAUGUCAUUCAUAUUUGUUUAAAGCAUAG